UACACGUGGCGACUCGGCACCAGAUACCAGCAGAGAGAUAAGAGGCAAGCAAACACAAGAUAGCGUGAGACCCAAGCAUCAUCAUCUUCAUCAUCUCAUUCAUUCCCCGAUUCAGAUCCAAUCAUCACCACAACAAUGGCGGCAGAUCCUAACCCUAACAAGUUCCCCGUCCUCUCCUACGUCUUGUCUCGUCUCCCUUCCUUCACCGCCACCAAAUCAUCUUCCCCUUCCUCCUCCUCCUCCGCUCCCGCCUUCGAUGUCGAGCAGCCGAUCGAGAUCGUCACCCAGAUGCCUCACUUGGGGCAUCCAUCCGUCCUCGCCUCCAUGACCAAAGCCAUCUCCGACGUGGCCCAGACCCGAUCCAUCCUCCGCACCCUCGGGCCCAGGCCCGAUCACGAGUCCGUGGACAAGGCGCGCGCCAAGCUCACGGAGAUCGAGGGGGUUCUAUCCGAAUCGCUUAACGACAUCGCGAUCAACGAUGCUGCUGCUUCGACGGAGGGGAAGGACGAGGAUGAGGAGAAGAAGAAGGAAGAGAUGGGGAAGGAUAAGACUGUGUGUGAGUCGAUUUUGAAAUUGGACGAGGUUCAUGAUUCGUAUGAGAAGCUGUUGAAGGAAGCGGAGGAGAGGCUGGUGAGGAUUUAUGAAUCUGAGGUGGUGGGGGGUGAGGAGGGCGUUGCGGCGGCGGUGGAGGUUAAUGAGGAGGUUGUUGGGAUACUGCAGCACGCGUUGGAUAAUCCGGUGGAGCGUGUGGAUUUGUCUGGGAGGAAGCUGAGGUUGCUCCCUGAAGCGUUUGGGAGGAUCCAAGGGUUGCUUGUUCUUGAUCUCUCCAACAAUCAGCUCCAGGCUAUUCCUGAUUCAAUAGCGGGACUGCAUGAUCUUGUUGAAUUAAAUGUCUCCGGGAAUAUUCUGGAGACUUUACCAGACUCUAUCGGCCUCCUGUCCAAACUGAAAAUUCUGAAUGUCUCGACUAACAAGCUCACCGUCUUGCCUGAUUCCAUCUGCCGUUGUGGGUCGUUGGUUAUCUUGGACGUGAGCUUCAACCGUCUCACCUACUUACCAACCAACAUCGGGUCCGAGCUAGUGAAUCUAGAGAAGCUAAUGAUCCAAUACAACAAGAUCCGAUCCUUCCCGAGCAGCAUAGGCGAAAUGAUAUCCCUAACGUACCUCGACGCCCACUUCAACGAGCUCCACGGUCUUCCUGAUUCUUUCUGUUUGCUCGCAAACCUCGAGUACUUAAACCUAAGCAGUAACUUCAGCGAUCUCAUCGAGCUCCCUAUUUCAUUCGGCGACCUCAUAAAUCUCCAAGAGCUCGACUUGAGCAACAACCAGAUCCACGCCCUCCCUGACACUUUCGGCUCACUGGAAAGCCUGACGAAACUGAAUGUGAGCCAGAACCCGCUCGUGGUCCCACCGGAGGAAGUGGUGAAGGAAGGUGCAGAAGUGGUGAAGAUGUAUAUGGGAAAGAGAAGGAUAAGUAUGUUUGAAGUAGAGGAGAAGAGGAAAAUGGAGGAGGAGAUGGAGCAGGCAAACGCCGGGUGGCUCACGAGAACAACAUCCAAGCUGAAAACGUAUGUCACAGAUGUUUCAGAGUAUCUGGGAUCGGGUUCUCCUCGAGACUCUUACCUUGAGCAGAAGCUAUGAAUGUGUGGCUUUUGACUUCGAAUAACUCUUUGAUUCCAAAGAGAUGGUGCUGCUCCUUUCGGCUGGUUUUGUCUCCUUUUCUCCCUCUCUCAUUAGAGUAUAUAAUGAAGGACUCUUUACUUGUUUACCAUUUUGAUUCUUUCUGAUAGGUUAUGCCCUGUCAUUUAACUUUAGGUUCAUACUUUAAAAUCAAACCUUCACGGAUUUUGCUUAUGUUUUGUUGGUUAAUAAAAAGCUCCAAAGGAGUUUAACUGA